AGUGGUAUGAAAAAUUAGAGACGGUGUGCGUGUCCCACCAUUAAAAAAAAUCUGGAAAUUUUGUGGUUGCAAUUUGAGUCAGUUUGUGGAGAAAAAGAAAAGAAGAUUUUGAGAAUGGCGUUGACAUCGUGGAACAGGAUGAACAUAGGUGGUGGUUCAUCCCAGAAGACGAUGCUGUUUGAGGUAUCGUGCAGUAGUAGAAAGCGAGACAGAGGUAUCCUCCCAUACAAAGUCGUUGAGAUUACUCCUCCACCCAAAUCUCUUGGCGUUCGUUCUCUUCCACCCCAGAACUUGCAGUGUGGGGAGAGUGUCACAAUUGAAGGACAGACUUAUACAAUUUCAGCUGUGACACUUCGAUAUCAGCUUCGUAAAGGAAAAUACGAACAAAGCGAGAAGAGACUCGAUGUUUUGUCAACAGGAAGAUACUUAGUAAAUUUGUAUUUUGAAAAUUUAUUAGAACAAUCUUGAUGAAUAUUGCUGUAUUUUGAUUCGCAAGAUGUAUCUAACUACUUUGAGAAGCUAUGAGAAUUAGAAAAAAACUUUCAUUUUUAUUAAA